CCAAUCACCCAUGGGGCGAAUAGGCACACGUCGCGUUUUUUGUUUGUAGGUUUGUUAUGUAGAUAAAACAGGGCACGCAUUUGAUUCCGUUUCCGUCUGAAGCUACAGCGAAACUAGUAUCCAGCGUAUACAGUACCGACGCGACAAUUGGAUUGGACACUUUAAUGUCCGAUUAUGCGUAGGUCGUGAAGGCAACUUGGGUUCUGGGUUGGACAGGAAACGGCGGAGACGCGCGUGUCCCUUACGCGGUCGGGGAGAAGAAUAGGUAGCGGUCCGGGAUACAUGUUGACCGAAUUGAGCGUGAAAACAUGAGGACGUUUUAAGUUUUAAGUAGUUUUCAUACAUUUUCAACGCGGCUCACCACCCGAGAAGUGUGACGCAUCUUUCCCACACGACUGUUAUACCCCCCCCCCCACCAACGGGAAGGAGACAAUCGGAGGAGAGGACCCUCUUUGUGACUCCCAUUUCACUCGGUUUAAAGGCCCCGUCAGAGUGGAGUGGUGGUUUCGACUGACCUGUAACCUCAGUAGGGAGAGGGCCAAGCCAUUUGAGAGAUGGAGCAGGUAUCAGAUGACGAGUUGGAUCAUGGAGCCGAGGAGGACAGUGAUAAGGAGGACCAAGACCUGGACAAAAUGUUUGGAGCCUGGCUGGGGGAGUUGGACAAGCUCACACAGAGUAUGGAUGACGGCAGGCCCCAGAAGGCGCUGCAGAAGCCUCCUCUCCGGCAAGAGACAAACAUUGCCAAUUUCUCCUACCGGUUUUCAAUGUAUAACAUAAAUGAGGCACUGAACCAGGGCGACACUGUAGACUUGGAUGCUCUGAUGGCUGACUUGUGUACCAUUGAACAGGAGCUUAGUACCAUUUCCAAACCAAACUCUCGGAGUCAGAGCAAGCGCACGCCAGGGGGGCGCAUUGCCAGCACCAAGCAGCCAGGCACCAGUGGAGGGGGAAGCAGUGGAGGAAGUGCCAGUAGCAGCACUCGGGCAUCUCCGGCCAACACGGUGCGAGGCGGCAGUGUCACCGCACGCCCUGUGGCUUCCAACAUUUCCCUGGAUGACAUCACCUCUCAGCUGGAAAAGGCCUCUCUCAGCAUGGACGAAGCCGCCCGUCAGACGUCCUCGUCGUCCUCUUCAUCCUCAUCCUCCUUCUCGUCCACCACGUUAAGACGUCCCUCGUCUGGCUCGUCUGGGGGCGGCCAGCAACAUCGACGGACGGGCUCAGUGGGCGCGGUCAGCGAACAGGAGGCUCCAUCCCAGCGGUCGAGCGUAAACUCCGCGUGUGCAUCGGCCUCCAGUAUGGACUCCCUUGACAUUGAUAAAGGGAUGACUGGUGGAGAGGUGGAUGAGAGGAGCAGCCCGACUGUACAGAGACAAAACCAAACCAGCACCGAGCAUGUCACACUGCGGUGGGCCAACGGUAAAACGGCUCGGCGGCACCUUGACUUCACCUCACAACAGGGUGAAGUGGAUCGGGCCACCCACUCCUAUCUGGAUCAAGAAACCUCCCUUAUUCUGAAAAGCAUAGCGGGAAAGCCUUCUCACCUCCUGACUAAGGAGGAGCACGCCGCCAAGCUGAAGGCAGAGAAGAUCCGAGUAGCCCUGGAGAAAAUCAAAGAGGCGCAAGUCAAAAAGCUGGUGAUCAGGGUCCACAUGUCGGACGAGAGUUCCAAGACCAUGAUGGUGGACGAGAGGCAGACGGUCAGGCAGGUGCUGGACAGCCUGCUGGACAAAUCGCACUGUGGCUACAGCCCAGACUGGUCCCUGGUGGAAACUAUUACAGAGCUGCAAAUGGAACGUAUUUUUGAGGAUCACGAGAACUUGGUGGAGAAUCUGUUGAACUGGACGCGGGACAGUCACAACAAGCUCAUGUUCAUCGAGCGCAUCGAGAAAUAUGCUCUCUUCAAGAACCCGCAGAACUACUUGUUGGGGCGUAAGGAGACUUCAGAAAUGGCUGACAGGAAUAAGGAGGCCUUAUUAGAGGAGUGCUUCUGCGGCAGCUCCGUGUCAGUGCCUGAGAUUGAAGGUGUGCUGUGGCUAAAGGAUGAUGGGAAGAAGUCAUGGAAGAAGCGCUACUUCCUCCUCAGGGCUUCUGGAAUCUACUAUGUCCCCAAAGGCAAAGCCAAGGCAUCCAGAGAUCUUGUGUGCUUCCUGCAACUGGACCACGUUAAUGUCUAUUAUGGGCAAGACUAUCGCAGCAAAUAUAAAGCUCCUACUGACUACUGCCUGGCUUUGAAGCAUCCACAGAUCCAGAAGAAGUCACAAUAUAUUAAGUAUUUGUGCUGUGAUGAUGUCAGGACCUUGCACCAGUGGGUGAAUGGAAUUAGAAUUGCAAAGUAUGGGAAGCAGCUCUAUAUGAACUACCAGGAGGCCAUGAAAAGAACAGAGGCAGCCUAUGAUUGGUCCUCUCUAUCUACCUCUAGCAUUCGUUCCGGCUCCAGUUCUACAAGCAUACCCGAAUCACAAUCUAAUCAUUCAGGCCAAUCAGACAGCGGCGUGGACACAGGGUCUCAUGGUCGCUCCCAGAGUGUUGUGAGCUCCAUUUUCUCAGAGGCAUGGAAGAGAGGCACUCAAUUAGAGGAGAACACCAAGAUGCGAAUGGAGGCUUCCAGAGGAGCCACUUUGCCACAUGCUUCCCACAGUCACCGUCAUCACAGCCAGCAUUCAGUUGACCAGCAAGCCCUGACAACCUCCCCUCAGGCUCAUCUGCAGCAACAGCCUCAACCGCAAGCAGUUGAGCAGCACCUGCCCCCUAAGCCUCAGUCGCCUCAACAGGUCCCGCAGCCCCAGCCGCAGUCACCUCAGCGCUUGCAGCAGCCUCCACAAGUGCUGCAACAAAAGGAGCCGCACACCAUGAGCAGCUACAGCCACGUGCCCCCUCAACAGCCACCACACCCUGUGAACAACUACAGCCAAAUGCCUCCACCACCAUCACUUCAACAGCACCAGACGCAUGCAAACUACAAUCAGCAUUCGCCGAAAGUAAGCAACUACAAUGUUGUGCCGUCCCAACAGCCGCCAAACAGUGACAGUAACUACAGCCACGUGUCCCCGCCUCAGCAACAGCCAGCUCCUCCACCGCCUCCACCUCCGCCUCCGCCUCCUCCACCACCACCGCCACCCCCAGUCCAAACCAUGUCGCACUACUCUCCAGCUCUCAACAUGUACAAAUUCAGUACAAUAACCAGACUGCAGAACAAGAACCAGUCUGGCAGUCACCACAGAAUGCAUCCCCAACAACCUCCCCCAUCCCAGACACCGCCCACCGCAAAGUUGCACAGCAAACCAAAUGUGAAUCACAUUGCAGCAAGGACUAAUGUGCCGCCUCCGCCUCCUCCUCCUCCGCCGCCAUCUAUGCCAACCCCUGGUUCUGCCAUGGCGGCACUGAAGUUCGGCCCUCCGAGUCCUAACGCACCCGCCGGCUUCAUCCCCCCGCCUGUGGCUCCCCAGACCAAUGGAGUAGUAUUUCCUCCCCCUCCCCCGUCGGCAGCGAUUCUCAUCAGCCAGUCAACGAAUCCAAUUGGGAUGAAGCGUGAACUGAAAGAGAGGUUUCCCAGCCCGCCACGAGAUCUCCUGCCUGGAAAUGGAGAAGUAGAUGACUCCCCGCCUCCUGCUCCAACUCCNNCACCUCCACCCCCACCUCCACCGCCUCCUCCGCCCCCACCCCCACCACCUCCCCAGCAGCCCCCAGUACCGGCCCAGUUCCCACCUCCUCCACCGGCACCACCCAAAUCCUUUACCCCAGGAUUUGCUCCUCAGACUGCCCCCAAACCUGUGUCACCUGUCUCUCCUUUCCCACCUGCCCCACCACCAGCCACCACGGGUGGACUGCCACCCGCGCCACCCCCUCCUCCGCCUGCGCCCCUCAAGAAGCAAUUCAGUCUCCAAACAGGCUCCACCUACCACCAGCCUCCACCGACUCUUCCCAAGCAGCACAGUCUGUCAAAGCCCCCGCCUAUUUCCACAGGAACGCCCCCCGUGUCGUCUUUGGUGAAACAGCUCGCAAGUCAGUUUCCAGGGGCUUCAACCCAAGUAGCCAAUCACACGGAGAACCCCAAAGUUCCCCUCUCCCCACCCGCAGUCAAGUCCAAACCAAAAUGGCAGCCUGCUGGCAGUCAACAGGUACAGUCUUCAGAGUUCCCACCCCCUCCGGACAGUGUUCAAGUCAACAGGACUGGUUUUCCUGCCCCACCACUAGCGCCACCGGCUCCGUCGCCCCCUGCCUCUUGUCCAACUCCACCACCCCCGCCCCUUCCCCCUGGAAAUAUGGGGUCACCUGUGAGGACGUCGCCCUCCAUCCUAGUAGGUAAAAAACCUCCUCCGGCCCCCCAGAGGAACUCCAGCAUCAAGUCCAACUCUACUGCGUCCUAUGAAGAAUCCAGGAGGAACCUUCUCAGUAAAUUUGCCCCGGAGAUUAACACCCCUUCAUCCUCCCAAUCCCCCACCACUGCCUCAACUUGGUCUCCGUCAAAGGAUCCCUCAGCGGGACCCCGUGCACCCCCAAAACCCGGUAAGCUGAACCUGGCCAACCUGCCCUUGGGUCUUCAGGCCAAAGUCAGCCAGGCGAAGCAAUCCGGCGGCGACUUCCCCUCCCCGCCAGCCGAGUGUGGCUACUUCCCUCCUCCGCCGCCACCGUCUGAGCUAUUCCCGCCUCCACCUCCUCCUGGGAACGAUUCUCAUAGUAAUGGACCUCCAAGAGUAGCUGUGGUGAACCCCCAGCCUCAAGCUCCUCCUCCUCCUCCUCCUCCUCCCCCACCAGUCUCUAUUAUUAACAACUCCACUUGGGGAAAGAGCUCCCUGAAAAAGACUCCUCCACCGACACUUGUGCGCCGUAACAACACUACGCCAGAACCGCCACCACUCUCGCCACCACCACAGCUACCUCCACCCACCUCACCAAAGGGCAGCUCAGGCCAGCCCAACUUCCUUGCGGAUCUGAACCAGACGCUCAAGCGAAAGUCUGUGGGUAAGCAAGGCAAAAUGGACCCUGCUGGGACUAUGGAUGACAUGACAUUGCCGCCGCCUCCCCCUGAGCUGCUCCUUGAAGAGGGAAAGCAAAGCAAUGGAGGAAAUGAUGGCUACUUGUCCGGGAACAUCUCAGGCUAUGCAACACUACGACGAGGACCCCCACCUGCCCCACCAAAACGGGGGGAUGCCACCAAGCUUACUGGGUAGUGGUGAAAAAAAAAAGUUUUGGAAUGACACACUAUUGCUCUACCUGUUUGGGAGCACAAUAACAAAUUGCUGUUGUACUGUACAUACCAAAAGCUAAUUGAUCAGCGAGGGUUCACGUUUUUCAAAUUCUCAGGAUUUUCAACAUUGACUCUCUUAGCAUGUAGCUUCGAUCCUACUGCCAAGUAAAACAUGAAGUAUUAACUCUCCCAAACUCAUAAUGAUAAAUCUUGUGCAUUAAGCAUUUGAAGUAAAUUACAAAUUAAUUUAGGAAAUAAGACUAGAUUCAUGUUGGACCCAAACCAAGUACCAUUUUCUGUUCCUGCAUAUUGGAAAGGAAAAAACGGACCUUGUUCAGGUUGUAAAUGCUAGUGCAUGUGUAUGAUUGCUGCGUGGGACUCAUACGAACAUGCAUUGAGCACAUGCAUGUACAUGAGUAAGAGGCCUAUGCAGAAUCGGGCAUGUUUGCUUUUGUGUGAAAUUAUUUAAAUGAUCAAUUGAAGUGUUUUUAUAUUAAGAUCAAUAAAGAUCUGGUCAGAUGUGAUUAUGGAAUGUACAUUGGAAGUGAGACAUGAAUGGCUCACAUCCACACAAUGUCCAUAAUGGAGAGCGUAAAAUCUGCAAAAACUUUGUGCUGUCUUUAUAAAUGGUCGUAUCCCGUGACAAAAGCAAAGAAGGAGGCCUUAUUCUUUAAGUCUUGCACACUGUGGGGAGGUGGGAGAUUGAACGCUCUGCAGACUUGGGGGAAAAUACUCAUGCAAAAAUUUUCCAUGGACCUCUCAAGGCAAUUGGAAGGAAAUUGUUGCGGAGUGCCCCCCCCCCAUAUUAUUUUUUUCUUUUUUUUAGUCCAUUUGUACAGUUGCUGCAGCUGCUGCUUCCUUGCUGUCCCCCCUGCCCCCAAUCCAUCCGCCAUGUCACAUCGCAACAAUCCAGGAAGUAGGCUGGAUUCGUCCACAUGAAGGAUACUCCACAGGAUACUGUACAGUACAUCAAGUACAUCAUCAAUGGAAACAUUAAAUUCAUGUGAGGGUCACAUAAGACUUGAAUGUUGCUCUCGGAUUAGUGGGUCUGUUGUAUCUGGAUUCUUUGUGGUGCCAUGAAAGUCUUCAGCCUAACUGCUUGCAGCAAUGCCUUCAUUUUCAUUGGGGUGCUUGCGCUGUCCCAACAUUUUAACAUGUGUCAGGAUGACAUUUAUAUGUCCAUCACUAGUAAAGAUGAAGGAGAUUGGCUUUUAUUUAAGAGGGAUGAUAAAGACCAGUGGAAACUGUUAAACUCACAUGGUCAAGCCUAAAAGAAGAAGAUCCUCGUGAAAUGGGUUCAACGUGCUACUCUUUUAUUCUAACCAACAUGGUUGUGGCGUAUUUCUUUUUUUUUUUUAAUCUAUCCUUAACAGGAUAUUUGCUACAGUUCUGUGUGUAAGUUAUUGAUGUGCUCAUGUGGGGCCUAAAUGGUUGCAAAUUGAUUAAAUGUGUCCUUCCUUAUAAACCGAAAUUCACAAUAUAAAUGUUCGAACCAGAA